GAUUUUUUUUUCUAACCCUUUGGCUAAAACUAGGUUAUCCAAGAUAUUUUUCUCAACUAGCUACUCGAUUGUGAUGGACCACUCUUUGUAUGGCGCUCACAGUCGGAUUCAACUUUUUCUAGCGGAUUUACACUGUGUUUUGGGGAGUCUACCGCCUCCGACUGCCCAUGGACCCAUGCAAGCGAUUUUCAACUCAAUUGGUUCUCAGCAUAAUCUCAAUCGGCUGAAUGUUUCCAAUCAACGGAUCUCUUGGAAGCGCCCGACCCAUCGCUCAAGAAGUUGGAGGAAGAAUCGCACAGGAACCGAUUGCCAACGAUCGCCGCAAGUUCAUCAUCCUCUACCCAUCCCGCCAGUCAAGCAAAACACUGGCAACACUCCGAAAGAAUACGAGAUCCGGUUUCCCCAACACCAACAACUAGCCCACAUCCACAACCAUCACAAGCGUUCCAGGCCCCAAAAGAGCUCCCCGGUCCUCAGUCAUAUACAAUCAAACAAUCAACAUUUUGAUUUCCAAUAUUCUUACAAUCGAGAGCCUCAAUCGACUGAGGAAUACCAUGCCUGUGGAAACUCGUCUUUGGAGCCACCUAUCAACGAUUUUGAAAACUGCUUAGAUCAGGCACAAGAUGAGGAUCUCGACUCUGUUUCAGUCAAGUCGCGAGGUGAAUCAGUUGAUCUAGAUGAGGUUGAAUGGUAUGACCGGUCUGUUCUAGACAUCAAUGCGGAUCCAGAUCACUUAGAACAACAACCCGAGCCAGCUUUUGACUUAAAAAGCUACAGCGCUGACAAUGUAGACCGCUGGGCCAGUACCUUGUCAGCAGAAGAAUUCGAGCACCUUCGUGUUUUGGGAACCGACACUAGAACUGAGUCUUUCCGGCAAUAUGCUAUCACCAACCUUGAUCAACCAACUCAGACCCUAACUCCUCAGUUAAAUCAAGAACCGCUUGAUCACAUCCCAGGUGAAGUGGCUGACAACCACGAUCAAGAUGCCAACAACCCUUGCGUUCAUUCACAUCAUGUCAAUCACCAACCCAACCAAUACACCUGCUCUAGUUACUAUGAACACUCCAACUACAGCACCUCCAAUCUUGAUCAAAAUCCAGAUAACACAGCAGGUUUUGACGGCAGAUUUGACGAUGGCGGAUUUGAAAAUGGUGAAUUUGAUGAUGGUGGAUUUUACAAUGGCGGUUUCGACGACGGAUUUGAUGAUGGCGGAUUUGACGAUGGAGGCUUUGAUGACGGCGGAUUUGACAAUGGUGCCUUUGAUGACAGCGGUUUUGAUGACGGCAGUUUUGAUGAUGGCGGCUUUGACGAUGGCUUUGACGAUGGCGGUUUUGACGAUGGUGGUUUUGACGAUGGCAGUUUUGACUAUGGUAAUUUUGAUGAUGGCUAUGGCUCCACUUAUUAAUAGCCUGUUGCACAUGAAAAUCCUCUUCCCCACUUCCCAACCUCUGGUCUUUUUAUCUUCAACCUACUCAUCUUUUCUUACAUUUUAUUCUAUUUUAUUUUGAUUAUUUUUUUAUCUAUCAGCCUCCUCAACCUUUCCACACCAUUUUUUUUUCAAGAUUGAUCUUAUUUUGAUUAUUCAUAUCUUCUGCCUUUCUUUAUUUUUUCUUUCUAUUUUUUUCUCUCAGCUUGAUGUAUGUAGUUAGGGCCUCCCCGGCAGGUGUCUUGGAGCCUUGCCGAGGGGGUGGGUGUUGUGACCUAGGUCACAUGGUGCGACUCGGCUGCGGCUCAGCCAGCCAGAGGAGACUACACCCGUCUCCUCCGGGCCACACCUACCGGUAAUAUAUACGCUUACACCCCUC